AUGUUUUUAGGUAUAUUAGGGGCAAGUGAUUCGGUAAUAACGGAUCAGCGAACUUAUUUGCUUGGUAAUACCAUUAAUAGUAGAAGCAGUAGCAAUGGCAGCGGAAGACAAAUAGAUACAAUGAAUAUGUCAAAAAAUUAUGGUGCCUGCUCAGGAAAUAGCUACCAAUCGCAGCAGCAUUAUGUUCCUGUGCGGUCAUCAUUCAGAUCGCCAAGUACAACUGAACGAAAGUCAAAUCGUUCAUCGUCCAAAAAGGAACCAAUGGAUCCAAAGAAUGUUGAAGAAGAAGUGGCUAGAAAUGUUUCACAGAUUCUGAGUGCAUCACUGAAUCAGAAAUCACUAUCAUCAGGUUUCACGUCAACAACAGGAGCAUCGGGUGCAAAUGGGCAAUCGUCCAUCAGCACUACUGGUGCUUCAGUCACUUCGACAACAACAGCUAAGAAAUCAUUUACUUGCGUUGAUUGUCAUAAAACUGUAAGCACUUCUCGCAAUUUACAACGUCAUCGAAUGUCCUGUAAAUUAGCUCAGGCGUCAUCAAACCCUGGGAAAUCGCUGACAACUGCCGCUGGACAGCUUCAAGCAACCGUUAUCACCAUGCCUCUAAACUCCGCACAAAUUAAUGGAUUAUCAAGCGCGUAUUCGGCUGAUCAAAGAAGUAUGAACAGUGCAACUGCGAAUUCGAUCUCAACGACGAACGUUGUUUCUGUGUCUUGUAAUAAUAAUUUAAUUACAUCACUUGCUGAUACUGAUAAUGUAUCAUCAGUGAACAAUCUACGAACUACACAGAUUUAUAGCACUCCGUCGGAGAUGAUUGCUUCUGAUGAAAGGUUGAGACCUGUCUGCGAAGAAUCAUACCUGGAUAAAGCAGUAGCAGAGAUGACACGAAAUGGUGAUUUGAAUACAGCAACUGCUGGAAGAUUGGCUUCAAGCUUGUUAGAUGAAGACGACCAUAGUUUUUCAACGAUAUCCUUGCCAGCCGCUACAACCGCAGUGGAUAAUUCUCAUCCGUUUCAGUCGCCUGUUCAAAUGAACAAUGAACCAGUUAAUCAUCCUACUUUUACCCAACAGUCAGCGCAAAUCAAAAGACCAGGCACUUCAACGCAAUUGUACCGAUGCGAAUCAUGCAACAAAACGGUUAGUUCAAGCAGAAGUUUAAAGAGACAUCGGAGCACCUGUAAACAGUACCAACUUGAAUAUGGACAGCUGAGAAAAAAAGCAGCUGAUAAUAUGAGUCCUACAACAGAUUCUAGAAGUAAACCAAUUCUGUUAAAUUCGUCGGUAACUGCAUUACCAUCCGCACAGGAACAGCCGUUGUUGCAGCGACAGUCCCUUGCCUGUAUUGUUACCGAAUUACCUGUUGUUAGUGGUGUUAUUUCGUCUACUUCCUGUAGUGCGCCGACUCAAUCAGAAGUUGAGGUCACCAGUGUGGAAAGUGGUAUAGUACAGAAUCUAACAAGUAGUGAUGGUACAGCAGUUCCUGGCACAUCAGUCAGUGCAAAUGUUUGUGAGGAUUGUAACCGAAUUUUAUGUAGCGCAUCGAAUCUGAAACGGCAUCGCGCGACUUGUAAAAUGGCUUCCAUGUUGAAAUCCGGGAGUACUAAACUUCGGGAUCAACAUUCAGCCGCUGUUCUUGCGACUUCACUAAGCACUACAGUAGCGCAACAAAGCAACGAUCAAGUUGACGAACGUGAACAUGCAAUCCUUGAUCGUUCAUGUGCUGCAUCGCUUGUUGCACCGAAAGAGGCAAUGCCACGAAGUGUUCUUGUAGCCGCAGGAACCGUCGACACUGCCACUUAUUCCAACGCAUCCACAAAUGCAACACACCAACGGUCGGGCAGUGAUGCAUCGCUUACUUAUAUCACAUAUGAUACUGUUAAUGUAACGCCACUGCAGCAGCAACAACAGAUAACAACUGCAGUGCAGCCAGUUUCUCAGUUAGAGUCGUUGAAACUCGGAGCUGCCAAAGCUAAACCAUGGAUAACUGUUGGUGAACAUUUGCGAGCACGACAUAAUCAACGUAUCAUCCAACAACGACAACAACAACGCGAAUCAGUCACACCUUCUGUGCCGGAAACAUUGGGUACUUAUGGAAAAGCAGUGACAGUGCCGCUUCCUUAUACUGAUGACAAUGUUUCAGCUCGAUUACGGCAGCAAAUUCCGGGCUCUGUGCUGAUGUACAGUGAUAAUAGUGUCGGUAGUGGCGACCAAUCUUCGAAUCAGCUAGGCUUGAAGCAUAACACUCCAAAGCAGCUGUCUUAUUAUACAAGAGUGCAUUAUGAUGGUGAUAGUGGCAUUAUCACUUGUGGUACUUACGAUCAACAACAAAGGCGAAAUAGUUUUAAAAUGGAAGAACCGUUACUAAGUCCGCAAAAUACAUCUGCACGUGCCUCGGCACCACCAAUUCUAACAACCACUACUCCAACCAAUUAUUCUGGUACGACACAAGCACAGUUACCAAAAAAUGAGAAAUGUGAAGCUCGGCCAUUGGCAAGUAUUAUCACCACUGCACCACUCUCCACGUCAUGCUCUGCAACUGAUUCAAAUCAGUCCCAAAACCAGCAGAGCACGAACUCUGCACUGUUCACUACACCUGUGGUAUAUGGCACCAUGCAGCCACAACAACCACCGCCAUCAACUUCAUCGACAGUAUUGUAUCGGAACAAUGAAAACAUGUCGUCUGUUACUGAUAAUUAUCGUUAUGAAUGUCCUGAAUGCCAAAAAACUUAUUCAUGUCGAAAAAACGUCAAACGACAUCGUAUAGCGGUCCAUAAAUUAACACCUGAAGAAGUGGCCAAGAUUGAGCCCAUACGAGUGCUACUCACAAAUGAUAGUGAACAAAAGCAGCAACGACUGCAGCAACGACAGCGACAACUGCGAUUACUUCAAACUACCGAAAUAAAGGGUGUCAAGAGUCCAAAACUGUCUGUUGAAAAAUCGGAUAUGCAGGAGCAACAGCACCAUUCUUCCGAUUUUGGAAACUGUACAAAUCAGUCUAUGCCAAAUGUUGUGCUGUCGGAGCAAAUGCAUCUUCAAAUAGAACAACGGCAGCAGCAACUUCAUCAGCGUCAACUGCAAUCACAGCUACAACUGCAGCAGACACAGCUUCAGGAACAGCAGCAGAUUAUAUCAGGAUCUGAUCAUUGUAGAGAUUCUGCUGCAGUAACAUCAGUAAUACCUGUAAGCACCAGCUGGACAUCUUGCAUUACAGCUGUGCCGCCGUCAGCAUCACGAAGUAUUGGUGCAUAUCGGUUGAGCGGCGAAGAGGAUGUACAGCUAGCUGAAAUUGAGGAGGAUCUAAAGCGAUCCGCGGAAUACAAAUUGACGGAAGCAGACAGUGAAUCAGAUAACAGAAGACCCGUGGCUGAAUUAGCAGAGGCUGAUACAACUUUUCAUGAAGAAUAUGAAGACAAUAUUGGAAGAUUACACCCAUCACAUCCGCCAUCGCUGUCAUCGAAUGGCGGAGUUGUUUCACCGCCAUCAAAUCCUCCUUCAAACAGUUCCGUUUCAUCAAACUAUCCCAUCACGAGUCCUAUGGCCCCUCAGGUGUCUUCAGUUAUACCGGAAAAUGGUGGUUUUGCGGCACAAUUACCGCCCAUUAAAGCACCACCUCCUUUGUCACCAUCUCAUUCUUCGCAGCAAAUGGCCGUGGUGCAGAAUCGGGGAAUGUACCAUCAAUCGCAACCGCGCAUCUCAUCAAAUUCCAGUCAAACGUCAAAUCCAGUAUCGAUGGGUGGUAAUACUAUGUUUACAAAACCAGCAAAUGUUGUUCGUUUGCAAUAUCUCUCCUCUACAAGGCCUCCCUCAGUGCGAAAUUAUUUCCAUUCAUCACCAAAGCAAAAGCAACAUAUCUGCGUCGAUUGUAAUAGGGCGCUUUCAUCAGACUAUUCCCUUAAGCGACAUCGUUCGACGUGUGUUGAAGCGAAGGCAGCGGCUGCAGCAAAAGCGGUGGAUAUCGCAACUGCUGGUGCAGACAUGCGCAAUGAUGAAUGUGCAAAAAUACUACCAGAGCAUUAUAGCGACUCCUGCAGUUCGAGGUCAUCUUCCAUGCUUUCGAACGAACCGACAGUGAAAGAAUCUUCGUGCAUAAAUGUAUCAUCUUACGGUUCGAACGAUUCAGAACCACGAGUGUCGCAACAGCUUACGCCGGUAUCUGCAAAAAAUACAGAUGUAAUGUUGCCUCAGACAUAUUGUUAUGACGAGGAUGCGGAUAAUGGCGUGUUGUGUCGUGUCUGUGAUUGCUGGUUACCUGGGCAGCGGGAAUUUGAUCGCCACUGCGAUGAAUUACAUCCAGUUGCUGCUGAUCCAGAUAGUACAACCGUACCACAAACGUUUGAACAGACUUCAUUAGCGUCCGGAUCAAUAAUGUUGAGCACAGCGAUUUCAUCAGAAGUGAGUUUGAAUCCGUCGGGUCCGUACUCUGUUGCUGCUACAAACCGAAAGCGAGUGUCUUCUGAUCCUCUUGAAUCCGGGAGCUAUUUCAGCACUAAAAGUGGGCGGCAUUUAUGUCAGACAUGCGGCAAAUAUUAUUCAUCAGAAUGGAAUUUGGAAAGACAUCGACGAGAAAGUUGUCCAUCUCAUAUGAAACGAUUAAAAAGUAUUACUGAUGAGAGAACAAGGUUGGCAAAAUUGGAACCAGUGGACUUGUUGCAAUUUCAGACUACUGUAAAUACCAGAUGGGUGGAUGAUUGUGCUUUGAUUGUUGGCGAAUCUCGAAUUGGUGUCCCAAGAGCGAUGCUUUCAAGAGCUUCAACAUAUUUCUCAUCUUUGUUUCAAUAUUAUGAAAACCACAGUGAUGUUCCACUGCCGGUCCCAGUUGAUCCCAUCGCAUUUCAUCAAGCUAUGGAAGCAUUUAAGGGUCGAUUACAACUUGACGGUAAAAAUAUUGACUGCAUAUUAUUUAUGGCUGAUAAAUUCAAAAUUAAACCUCUUUAUGAUCGAUGUGAACGUUUUAUCGCCGAAAAAUUGCCUUCAUCAUCAGUGAUGCAUGCAAUCCGGCUAGCAGAGCAAUAUCGAAUGUGUGAAAUAAAGCAAGCGCUGUUCGAUUCGAUUUCUAUAGAUGUAUUUCGUAGUCUUGCAGCGGAUGAAGAUUAUCGACAGAUGGGUGCAGAACUGAAAGCUGAACUUUUGGAAAAAUGGGGUACAUUCUUGUGAGCAUCUAAAAGUUCCUGUUUCAUUUUAUGAUUGUCUCAGGUUUGGCACCAUGUACAGUUGCUUUAUCAUCAUUUUUAUAAAGUUGUUUUGUUUGUAGGCCUUUCCAUUCUCUACCCUUCUCCCCAAGUAUUGAUGAUGUUUUUGCAUCAUGUACAAUUGCCCAAAGUUUUUUUUUCAAGUUCGAAGAUCCAUUUUUAGGAUAUCUUACAUUUUUGAGGUAAUUCUGUCGUGCAAAAACACGAAUAUGAGGAUUAUGUGAACUUCGGAGUAUGUUUAAUUAAAACUGUGGAAUACUAUGCAGUGAUGUGUAUCUGCGCUGUACAAAUUUUGCUUUUGCCCGGACGAUCUUUUUG